GUCUUGGCGGCGGCGGCGGCAAAUCAACGUGAGGCGGCCCCCGCGGCAACAUGGCGACGUCCCUGCAUGAGGCGCCCACCAACCAGCUGGACCUGCUCAUCCGCGCCGUGGAAGCGUCGGUUCACGGCAGCAAUGUUCACUGCCCAGAUAAGACCAUUGAAGCUGCAGAAGCCCUGCUUCAUAUGGAGUCUCCUACCAGCUUGAGAGAUGUCAGAAGUCCGGUGGAAGUCUUUGUUCCUCCAUGUGUGUCAACGCCAGAGUUUAUCCAUGCUGCUAUGAGGCCGGAUGUCAUUACAGAGACUGUGGUGGAAGUGUCAACUGAGGAAUCGGAGCCAAUGGAUGCCUCUCCAGUCCCGACUUCACCCGAUGGCCACGAGCCAGUGAAAAAGAGGAAAGUUGGCCGAAAACCCAGGAGUCAGCAGUCAACUCUUUCCAACGGGUCUCCCGAGCUAGGGAUAAAGAAGAAGCCCAGAGAAGGCAAAGGAAACACAACGUACCUGUGGGAGUUUCUUUUAGAUCUUCUCCAGGACAAAAACACCUGCCCGCGGUACAUCAAGUGGACGCAGAGAGAGAAGGGCAUAUUCAAGCUCGUGGAUUCGAAGGCCGUCUCCAAACUCUGGGGCAAGCACAAGAACAAACCUGACAUGAAUUACGAGACUAUGGGCAGGGCCCUGAGAUACUACUACCAGAGGGGGAUUCUCGCCAAGGUCGAGGGGCAGAGGCUCGUGUACCAGUUCAAGGAGAUGCCCAAGAACAUAGUGGUCAUAGACGACGACAAGAGCGAACCCCGUAAUGAAGACUUUGCCGCGGCUGCCGACGAGAAGUCGUUAGAACGGGUCUCGCUGUCGGCGGAGAGCUUCUUGAGAGCCGCUUCGGCCGUUCGAGGCGGAAAGAACUCGUCCCCUUUGAACUGUACCAGGACAGAAAAGGCGGUAGCCAGGGUAGUGAAUAUUACCUCGCCCGGACACGACGCUUCGUCUCGGUCUCCCACCAGCACCUCCGCCCCGGUGUCGGCCAGCCCGGCCCCAAGGACGGUGCGGGUGGCGAUGCAAGUGCCCGUCGUCAUGACCUCCUUGGGACAGAAAAUCCCCACCGUGGCCACGGUCCAGCCCGUCAGCGCGGGGUCGCCCUUGCUCGGCCCCGGCCCCGGCCCCAGCCCCGGCCCGGCCGGCGCCCCGAAGGUCGUCAUUCAGACUAUCCCCACGGUGCUGCCGGCCCCGGCCGACGGCGGGGACAAGAUCGCCGUGCAGCCCGCCAAGAUCAUCACCAUCCCGGCCACGCAGCUGGCCCAGUGCCAGCUGCAGACCAAGGCGGGCUCCGGGAGCAUUAACAUCGUGGGGACCCCCGUGGCCGUCAGGGCCCUGACGCCCGUGUCCCUGGCCCACGGGACCCCGCUGGUGCGGCUGGCGGUGCCCGCCCCGCCGGCCCCCGGCCACCCGGCCCCGCCCCGGGGGCCCGCCGGGGCCGGCGGCCGGGGGCCCGAGGGCAAGGCGGACCCCGGGGCCCCCAGGCGCGACCGCCAAGCCAAGGCGCUGCGGCUGCUGCAGGAGGAGAAGCCGGCCGACGGCGGCAAGACCGUGACCCACGUGGUGGUCGUCGGUGCCCCCUCCGCCCUCGCCCUGCCCGUCACCGUGAAGACGGAAGGAAUCGCGACGGCCGACAAGUGAGCCCGGCGCCCACGCCGAGGACUUGGGGCGGCGGGCGGGCGGGCAGGCAGUUCUUUUCGGUUUCGUUUUUACCUUUUAAAUGCUUUUAAGAGAACAAUCAGACUUGCUGGACUUCGGCUGCCUACCCCAUGUUUCAGUGGGGGAGGAACGAGCUCCGCACGGAGAUGCCGACGGGAGACCGCCUCUCGCGGGAGAAAUAACCGCACCCCCGUCCGCGGGAGAAAGGAGGGAGGGAGGGAGUCGGAGGGACCAAGCCGCUCACUACAGGAUCAAAGUUACACUAAGCCUUGCGACACUAAUUCUCCAAGUUUUUUUGC